UUUAGAUCUGACCCAUAGAUCUGGCCCCACAGAUCUUCCAGGUGAACGUGACCGCAGCAGCCAUGUUGAUCCGCCUCGUGGUGCCCCACAUGGAGAAAAGGGGGGGAGGCUCCAUUGUGGUGGUGUCCUCGCUGGCCGGGUACAUGCCCUUCCCGGCGCUUGGGCCCUAUAGCGUGAGCAAGGCGGCGCUGCUGGGGCUGGUGAAGGCGCUGGGCCCGGAGCUGCGGCCCCACGGCAUCCGCAUCAAUGGGGUGGCCCCAGGGCUGAUCCGCACCCGCUUCAGCAGGGCCCUCUGGGAGGACGAGUCCAUGCAGAAGCGCGUGAUGGCAGCCAUGGGCAUCGACAGGCUGGGCUCCCCGGAGGACGUGGCCGGGAUUGUGACCUUCCUGUGUUCUCCCGCCGCCGCUUACAUCACCGGGGAGACCGUGGUGGUGGCGGGCGGCGCGGCCUCCCGCCUCUAAGGGGCGCUGCAGGGCUGUUGCGGCCGCUCUGUGGCCUCUAU